CCCAAAACCCUAGUCCCCAGAGGCCCCCAUCGCCUAGGCGUCGGAGUGUUUGGAAACGCGACAACCUACAGCGGCUCGGAUCCCGAUGCCUGCUGCUUCUCUGCAGGACGACGAUAUAAAGAUAGCAACAGCAACAAAGGUGUGUUUCUCCGUUCCUCUCAGUAGAUCAGUAGAUCAGAUCUACACGUCAUCAAGAUUUUACUUUCAGUUACGGAUUGGUAUUCUAGGGACUUAGGAAUCGAUCCUAGACAGUAUAGAUUCUAACAAGGAAUACGUACAGUAUCUAGAUACAUAGAAAAACCAUCUUAAAAAUAUAAAACAUCUUAUAGUUUUGAACGAAGAGAGUGUCAAAUUGUUGUCCCGAUGUGUGUUUUUUUAUAAAAAAAUAGGAUCUAUUUUUCUAGCGCACAUGGUGGUCAAGGUUAACAUGUUGCUCAGAAGGAGUCCCUUUUCCCAUCUCAUCCAAUUCCAGCUUCAUAUCCAAUCAACGAAACAGUACAUGGACCUGCCAUUGGUCUACCAAAAGCAGGGAGGAGGAAAUUGGGAGAUUGUGACCGGAUUGACCGUGUACCCGAUGCACUCUGUCCGCAUCAUUGACCCAGCGGCUAGCUAGAAGAAUCGCAAAGCCUCCGAACACUUGGCGCGUGAAGAACCGGUGGCGCAUCAUCUGAGCCGAGCGCUACUAACGGUGCAUCUUUACAAGUUACCGACUACUAUAGGUACGUCUUAAUAAUACUUCGUUAGCUUGUUUUCUCCGUCCGCGGCCCACGGAGAGGAACAGUUGCUGACUGUAAUAAUAGCUAGACAGCUGAGGUGUAGAAACGGCAGUUCGUCGUCAGGCUAUGGGCCUAUGGCUAUCGGUCUCGGUCGACCGAAAGCCGUCAGCGUGGUCUCGUGCAAACCUUUCGCACGAGCGAGCCGGCCGCGAAAAGACCUGCACGCCAAAUCCAAUGCGACCUUUUCUUUUCUUUUCGCAGCCAGCAGCUACCAUCUGCAGAUCACCCUUGACAAUCCCGUCACCUUUCCUUCCCCUCUGUCUCUCUAUAUAAACGGUGUGGCGUGCCCACCACCCAACUAGCCAGCUGCACGGUUGCCGCCGCGCGCCAGUGCCAUUGCUGGUACGUACGACGACGUCGUAACUGCACGGUGACUUCAACCGCAGGACGAGGCGCGCGCGCACCGUAUAUAUGGCGAAGGUGCUGUGGAGAAAGCAGGCGGCGGUGGCGGCGGCGGCGGCAGCGAGCAAGCAGGCGGGAUCCUCGCCGGUCCGCGGCGGCGCGAAGCCGAGAGGGUAUGUGCCCAUGCGGCUCGUCGGUGGCGAUGACGGCGACGGCGGCGACGAGGACGAGACUGUCCUUGUGCCGGUGGCGCUGCUCAACGAGCCUCGCAUGGUGGGGCUGCUGGAGAUGGCCGAGCGGCAGUACGGGUACGGGCAGCCCGGCGUGCUGCGGAUCCCCUGCGACGCCCGCCGCUUCGAGCAGCUCAUGGGCCUGGCGUGCAUGGCCAGCAGGUAGACCGUAGACGUAGACCACCGUUCUGUUGUGGACUGCCUGGUGUGCCUGCCAUGCAUGCAUGCCUACGCUACAUGGGUGCCGUGCGAUGCUAUGUGAUGUUCUUGCAAUAGGCCGGCCUUGCAGAUAUAUAUAUCUGCCUGCAACCAUUGGCUUUGCAAUCUAAAGUCGGUUGGGUUGCUGCUUUGGCGUCGAUUGGUUCGGGAAUUAAUCAACCACCUUGCUAUGAGUUUGGAUGGAGUGCCUUGCGUGCAGUCGAUCACUUUUUUUUUUUGAAGCAAUGACUGUAGAGAGUUCCCUGCAGUAUUUUUUUUGUAUUAA